AUGAGCGCCAUGCACCUGGGACCUCCCCCAGCACCAAACCAGCUGUGGGUCGAGCCUCAGCACCCUGGGAAUCAGAACGGCCAACCCGCCGGUGGCACGGGCCCCCGGCGAUCGAGCCCAGCGCUGGCGCCCGCUUCCCCGGGGCCGCUCCGGCGUCCUGCUCGGCGAGAGGAAGCCGGGCCCGGGGGGCUGGGCGGGGCCGCGCAGGAGGGCGCGGCGGGCCCGGGGGGCGGCGCUUCGCCGGCGACCCGUGCGUCACCCGGGCCCCGCCUUCGCGCUGUCUCUGCCGGGCGCGGGACGCGGCGCUCCUCCCGGGAACCCCUGCGCGACGUCGGCGGCGUUUCCGGGGAGCCCGUUGGCGGGCGGACCUGGCUGCGCGGAGCGGAAGUGGGCGGCUGCAGGGCGAGCGGAGCGGCGCUGCGGGCGGACCUGGCCGAGCUGGAGGGCGCCGGGGAGCGGAGCGCCGGCGGCCCCCGAGGCCCGGGCGAGAGGACCGCUGCAGGGCCCGUGGCGAGCGCGGCAGCGCCGGGGGAGCGCGGCGGGGAUGGGGCGCCGGGCCGGGUGGGGACCGGGGCCUCGGCCCUGUUUGCGGGGCUGCAGGACCUGGGUGUGGCCAACGGCGAGGACCUAAAGGAGACGCUGACCAACUGCACGGAGCCGCUCAAGGCCAUCGAGCAGUUCCAGACAGAGAACGGCGUGCUGCUGCCCUCCCUGCAGUCGGCCUUGCCUUUCUUGGACCUGCACGGGACGCCGCGGCUGGAGUUCCACCAGUCGGUUUUUGAUGAGCUUCGGGACAAGCUGCUGGAGCGUGUGUCAGCCAUCGCUUCAGAGGGGAAGGCCGAGGAAAGGUAUAAGAAACUGGAGGACCUGCUGGAGAAGAGCUUUUCUCUGGUGAAGAUGCCGUCUCUGCAGCCGGUGGUGAUGUGUGUCAUGAAACACUUGCCCAAGGUUCCUGAGAAGAAGCUGAAGCUGGUGAUGGCCGACAAGGAGCUGUACCGGGCCUGCGCGGUGGAGGUCAAGCGGCAGAUCUGGCAGGACAACCAGGCGCUCUUCGGCGACGAAGUCUCCCCGCUGCUGAAGCAGUACAUCGUGGAGAAGGAGAGCGCGCUCUUCAGCACGGAGCUCUCUGUCCUGCACAACUUUUUCAGCCCUUCCCCCAAGACCCGGCGCCAGGGUGAGGUGGUGCAGAGGCUGACGCGGAUGGUGGGGCGCAACGUGAAGCUGUACGACAUGGUCCUGCAGUUCCUGCGCACGCUCUUCCUGCGCACCCGCAACGUGCACUACUGCACGCUGCGCGCCGAGCUGCUGAUGUCGCUGCACGACCUGGACGUCGGCGACAUCUGCUCCGUGGACCCCUGCCACAAGUUCACCUGGUGCCUGGACGCUUGCAUCCGAGAGCGGUUUGUGGACAGCAAGAGGGCCCGCGAGCUGCAGGGCUUCCUUGACGGAGUGAAGAAGGGGCACGAGCAAGUCCUGGGGGACCUGUCCAUGAUCCUGUGCGACCCCUUUGCCAUCAACACCCUGUCCCUGAGUACCGUCAAGCACCUGCAGGAGCUGGUGGGCCAGGAGGUGCUGCCCAGGGACAGCCCGGACCUCCUCUUGCUGCUCCGGCUGCUGGCGCUGGGCCAGGGCGCGUGGGACAUGAUCGACAGCCAGGUCUUCAAGGAGCCCAAGAUGGAGGUGGAGCUCGUCACCAGGUUCCUGCCCAUGCUCAUGUCCUUCGUGGUGGACGACCACACGUUCAACGUGGAUCAGAAGCUCCCGGCCGAGGAGAAGGCCCCGGUCACGUACCCAAACACGCUGCCGGAGAGCUUCACCAAGUUCCUGCAGGAGCAGCGCAUGGCCUGCGAGGUGGGGCUGUACUACGUGCUGCACAUCACCAAGCAGAGGAACAAGAACGCGCUGCUGCGCCUGCUGCCGGGGCUCGUGGGGACCUUCGGCGACCUGGCGUUCGGGGACAUUUUCCUGCACCUGCUCACGGGCAGCCUGGCCCUGCUGGCUGACGAGUUCGCUCUGGAGGACUUCUGCAGCAGCCUCUUCGACGGCUUCCUCCUCACCGCCUCCCCAAGGAAGGAGAGCGUGCAGCGGCAUGUCCUGCGGCUCUUGCUGCACCUGCACCACCGAGUGGCCCCGUCCAAGCUGGAGGCGCUGCAGAAGGCGCUGGAGCCCACGGGCCAGAGUGGAGAGGCAGUGAAGGAGCUGUAUUCCCAGCUUGGAGAGAAGCUCGAGCAGCUGGACCACCGGAAGCCUAGCCCAGCCCAGGCCCCAGAGACGCCAGCCCUGGAGCUGCCCCUGCCCACUGUGCCUGCCCCCGCUGUGCUCUGAGGCUCUGCUUAGGGCCGCUCAGGGCGGGCAGGGCCCCUGGUGGGGGUGUGGCCCCAGUCGUUCUGGAGAGGAGGCUCCGCAUUCCUGCCCGAGCAGACCCUCUCCUGGAGGCGCGUCGGCCAUUCCUGGGAUGGGGUGUGGGCUGAGCGAGACCCUGGGGCCUCCUGUGGGCAGGGCAUCCCUGCUCUGCACCUCAGCCUUGCCCUGAACUGGGUCCUGGGUGGUGUACACCUCCUGUGUGGGGCCCCACGUUCCCGCUGCUCUCCGGUCCCCAGCCCUGCUCCAGGCCUCCCCGGCCCUCCUGCUCCCAUGCCUCGGAGAGCUGCCUCCUCGAGUCGGAGGCUUCCGCUGCUGUUGGGCAGACAGACGGGCCAGGCCAUAGCUGGGACUGGGAAAAAGUGACCUGUUUUCCCAGGGGUGGGGUGGGGCCUGAGCCCCAUGGGGAAGAGGGCAGGCCAGGAUGGUUGGCACCACCGAUUGGCAGAAUCACACAAUUUGCUGGCAGGGGCGUCUGCAGACAAAGCCUAGCUCUCUCUAAGGAGCUCCUGCCCCUUCCCCCAGCCCCGGGGAACAGGCAUUAGGGAGGAAGACCCAGCGCCGCCCCCACCCCGCAGCCUCCGUUUGCCCUUGGAGCACAUGGCCAGGCGAGGGUCAGCUGUGGCUCACAGUGCGAGUUCACUUUUGUAAAUAAAAGGUGUUUUGGUAAAUCCA